AUGGCUACUGAAGUGUCCAAUCUGAGCGAGGAGCAGAUUGACACGCUCCUCCGAGAGGCGGAAGAGCGGUUGGCUUCUAAAUCUGCCGGUUCAACUCGACGGCCAGGCCAGAAGAUCACUGCGCAACUGCUGGCGAAAACGCCCGCGGGCAGCAUCACUCCCGAGGCCACCAAAGACGUCAAGCCAACCAAGACUGACGACGUGGCCGUUCGUGUGCCUGAGCCCAAGAAGAAGAAAGAGAAGGAUGCCGCGGACGACGCCGGUCCAGACUGGUUUGGUCUUCCCAAAACUAUACUCACUCCGGAAACCAAGAGAGACUUUCAGGUUCUCCGUAUGCGUGGUGUCAUAGAUACGAAGCACCAUUUCCGUAAAGACACGCGCAGAGAUAUGUUCCCAAAAUUCUCUGCCUUUGGUACCAUUGUCGAGGGCUCCAUGGAAGGCAAGGGAGCUCGUCUGACACGGAAAGAAAGGAAGCAAACCAUCAGUCAAGAAGUGUUGGCUUCACAUACGUCCAAGGACAGCUUCAGGAAACGGUACGACAAGAUCCAGGAGCGGAAACAAAGUGGCAAGAAAGCUUUCUACAAGAAGCUGGUCGGUCAGCGUCGGCGCCGCCCUUGA